AUGCAUUUGUCAAUGGAUACCCUGGGAAUAGUGGAUGAUAGCUGCCUGGACAACUAUGACAUGGCAAAAGGUGCUGGGUCAAGCAGUGGAGGCAGGGUCCACAGUAUCGAUGUCAUACUGGGAUUCACUAAAGACCAAGACCCUUUACUCCAUUCAGUAGGAGAUGAUGACAGCCAGAAAACAAACGUAGAAAACCCACAGCACCUUCAGAAGCAGGUCCCAUCAGACCCCUAUGGGCACCUUCCAGAACUGGGUGACAGCUCCCAACAUUCUUCCUAUCACGAAUCGGACCUUUUCUCCGGUGACAAGUGUGAUGAGGAAAUGGGCAACCUGCAGAAUGAAGUGGAUGUUGCCGAGGGGUCUCCAGAGACAGUUAAAGAUGAAGAGCACACUAAAAAGAAACACAGAAGAAACCGUACCACCUUCACCACCUAUCAGCUUCAUGAGCUGGAGCGAGCCUUCGAAAAGUCCCACUACCCUGAUGUCUAUAGCCGGGAGGAGUUGGCAAUGAAGGUUAACUUGCCUGAGGUGCGAGUCCAGGUGUGGUUCCAGAACCGGAGGGCCAAAUGGAGACGUCAAGAAAAGAUUGACACUAGCACCAUGAAGCUCCAUGAUUCCCCCAUGCUAUCCUUCAAUCGUCCCCCGAUGCCUCCUAGCGUGGGGCCAAUGGCCAACCCGAUGCCACUCGAUCCCUGGCUGACCUCGCCCAUCUCCAGUGCCACGCCCAUGCAUACCAUCCCAGGGUUCAUGGGUUCACCGCAGGGCUUGCAGUCUGCCUAUCCAAACCACAGCUUCCUCAACACCCCACCUGGCAUGGUCCAAGGUAUGCAGCCAAUGGGGCCCCCUCCCUAUCAGUGCCCACCCAGCUUUAACGAUAAAUACCCGAUGGAGGACGACAGGAGUUCCAGCAUUGCAGCACUCAGGAUGAAGGCCAAAGAGCACAUUCAGUCAAUGGAUAAAACCUGGCAGCACAUGUGAUCCGAUGAGGCACUGUGGACGGAUUUUUGAGCUGCUCCAGUGAAUGUUUACAAACUGCUUAUCCACUGUUUGUUUCAUGUACCAAUGAAGUGGGUACACGACACCAAAGGGGUCAGUUAUUUUUUCACUGACACUAUUAAGCAACUCCGAAAAUGAACUUCUUGUGAAAAGAAUCACUUUAAAAAUGUGAUUAAUUUUGAAUGAACCAUGUUGUUGUCCCAAAUGUCUGGGCGUCAUUUAUUUUUGGUUUAGCUCAAAAGGUAGGAGUAAGAAUAUCGAGGAGCAUGAAUGUUUAACACUUUUGUAUCAACAUUAAUUUAGUAUAUUUCUGAUAUACAUGACUAUACUAUAUGAGCAGUCAAGUAGAGCCAUGUGGUCAGUAGUAGCAAUGUUUUGUGUUUGGGCUUAUUACUUGAUGAGAAAUUCGAACAAAUUUAUACAAGUUUACUGUCUUAAAUGAGGGUUGUCUUCUUGAUUUUCCUGUUCCCUUGAAGUGAGAAUAUCUUCAAGGAUUAAUGAACACUAAUGUGCUUUGAGGGCAUUUGUUGAUAUCCCGAUCUUCAAAACUAGACAGUUUAAGAAUACAUUUGGUUUGUAAUUUUUUAUGGAUAGUGUAAAUGCUUUCCAGAAAUCGUUUAAUUUGCUUUGAAAGUGGGCAUAAAUGUGUAUUUCAAAACCACCUCACCCACUUAAAUGUAUGUUUGAUUAGGUCAAUAGGCAUUAUGUGUUUUUUAAUUAAAAUUAUUAAACUGGCCUUUUGGAGAGCACUGAGCCCUGAUGGAGGAGGUUAUCGGAAGUCACAGAGCAUAAUCUGGCUCAGAGGCUAAUUUAAACAGACAAGCAUACCUCUUAACACCUAAUUACUGCUUUUAAAGCGAUUAACCCCGGAUUGUCAGCCAUAGACAGAAUGCCCUCAGAUGCCCCAGAAAAACCCUUUUCAAGACCUGAUUAACUUUGCCCCUCCCAUAAAACCACCAUUUAUACGAUUUCUAAUUUACAGGUACAACACAACAUUCAUUAUGCACUCCCUUAAUUUUCAUCCCUAUUGGUAAAUGAUACACCUCACUGCAUUGUUGACAAAAUAUUCACUCAAGUCAGGUGGAUUUGGAGUGAGAAAGUUAAUAAAUGCUGGCAGCCUCUCUUACCUACUGUGUGACAUAACUGCUGGACCAGAAAAGAAGGAAAUGACA